CAAAUGAGAUAUUUAUAACGCGCUUAACACAGCGCCUGGCACAUAGAAAACACUUAAUGAAUGCUUGUUCCCCUACUCCCCUAGUUUGGUCCAGUGCCCUCAGUUUGCAUGGCACGGUGGGGAGAACAUUGAAUUUGAAAUCAGAGGACCCGGGUUCAAAGCACACCCUCAGUGUAUCUUACUACUUGUGAAGUCUUUCUCAUUUAACCUCUCCGACCCUCAGUUUAAAGCAGGGACUAGUUGAAUAGUUGACCUCUGAGGUAACUUCCAUCUCUAGAUCUGUGAUGCGGAGUGACAGGUGAUGUUAGGCAAGGGCCAGGAGGUGAAUCCUUCCCCGACGUCACGCUGCUCCUUGCUUUUCUCCUCCUGUCCUCCACCCCUAGGCUGUUUCCUCAGCCUUCCCUCCCUUUUAUUUUCAUGGUCCCCGGCAGGCGUCCACUGGCACGAAAUCGUCAUCUUCCUUUCUCCCUCCUUCGCAGGGGGAAGCCCCAGGUCGUGAUCAGUCGUGACACUCCCAGCAAAGGGCGGAGACACAGUGGUGGUGGUGGGGCAGGGUUAUAAAGCCCCCAGAAACUGCCCCAAGGGCCGGUCUUCGGUGCCCAGGGGGAGGGACUAGGGGAAGGCGAGCCUCCGCUCCUCCACCUCCCAGCCACGCGGACAAGAGGAGGAGCGAUGUAGGGACCAUUCUGAGAAUAACGCCCACGAAGAGGAGGAGGCCCGAGCUCGACCCCCGCCCACCGCUCUGGGGCUACCGAAAGUGACAGUGGUCGGCUCGGCUAAGAUGGCCGCCUCCUGAGAAACCGAGGCUGAGGAGGGAGGGAGGAAGGGAAGGUGAGGGAGGAGCUCGCGCGCCUCUCCAUGUGACCCAGCUCUGCUCGCUCGCUCCUCCCCGGGAUCCCCGGGAGUUCAGCUGCUCGUGCAGCAGCAGGAGACCUGCGGCUGCGGCGCAUGGGGGCGGGAGGGCUGCCAGGGAGUGGGAACAUCCUUCCCCUAAUGUCCUCCAAACUUGGAGCUCUUAAGCCUCACGACAGGGGAUGGAGUAAGGGCGCAGAGCAGGGUUGAGAACCUUCGGCUCGAGCGGGCACCAAGGUGGAGUGAAGUCCCUAGAGGAGGCGGAGCUGGGGCUGGGGGUUCCCCCGGUGACAGCUUUUUUUGGAGGGUAGUGGGGAAAAGAAGGGUCGUUGGCGGGGGAAGUUCGAGCUAGGGAAUCUCGGCAGCACCGUAGGCAGAGCUGGGGUCCCAGUGGCCCCUUCCAGGCUCUGGAUGCUUGGCCUCCAGUGAGAUUUCAGGGAUUUUCACUCGGUUCAGCUUCUGAGUCCGCGGGUCUGAAAAACAACAACCAGAUGUUUUCUUUUUUUCUGAAGGAAAGCGUGGAGAACCCAGCCAUUCAAAUGGCGAGGCUUCCUCCCCUAGGUGGUAUGCCUGUUUUGGGAGGAACUGAAGGAGCUGGGGGCGGGGGCGGAGUAUGCCUUCCUUGAAUGCAAAAUACUGUCUUUUCAAGUUGGGGAACCCUGUUUCGAUCCACAAAUAUAAGUGGUGACCGUGGCCGUGGUGACCACUGGGGAAGAGGGAGGGAGAGAGUCGUGCGUCGAGAGCAGCUUCUGACUGUGUCCCUACUGUCGUGUGUGGGACCCAAGAGGGACCCAGGAUGGGGAGUAGUAGCCUCGUUUAGCCCCUCCUGAGCGAUGUGCAGACGUGAGGGGCCCAGUCACCUCUACAGGGCACAGUGAUUCCGCCGCCAAGGCCCUCCCCGUCAGGCACAAGUUGUCAUUCGUUCAUUCAUUCAUUCAUUCAUUCAUUCAUUCAUUCAUUUUCAUUCAUUCAUUAGUUCCUCUAAGCCCAGGCUCCAGGCACCCAGAGUGCCUGAGUGUGAAGCAGAGGCUUGGAGUUGGGAGACUGGGGCUUGGGGGUCGGGGAGGAAGAAAGAGGAAGGAGAAAAAUACAGUCUCACCAUGGGUCACAAUGAGAGCUGGAUCCCCAGAGACGCCAGUGACCGAGGCUUCCCCCAAGCUUUAGGGCCGUAUAAUGGGUCCAGCGCUGAGGCCGUCUGGACCAAUCGAAGCUCCCUCGGGGUCAGCACCUUGGAAAGCGGAGAGGAUAGUGAGGCUCAGACCUAUCGGCAUUUCACCACAACCGUGCAAAUUGUCAUCUUCAUUGGCUCUUUAUUAGGAAACUUCAUGGUGUUGUGGUCGACCUGCCGCACAACUGUGUUCAAAUCUGUCACCAACAGGUUCAUUAAAAACCUGGCCUGCUCGGGGAUCUGUGCGAGCCUGGCAUGCGUGCCUUUUGACAUCGUCCUCAGUGCUAGUGCCCACUGCUGCUGGUGGAGUUACACCAUGCUCUUCUGCAAAGUGGUGAAGUUCUUACACAAAGUGUUCUGUUCCGUGACUAUCCUCAGCUUUCCUGUCAUUGCUUUGGACAGGUAUUAUACCGUCCUAUACCCAUUAGAGAGAAAAAUCUCUGAUGCCAAGUCUCGUGAGCUGGUAAUGUACAUCUGGGCCCAUGCUGUGGUGGCUAGCAUUCCUGUGUUUGCUGUGACCAAUGUGGCUGACAUUUAUGCCAUGUCUACCUGUACAGAUGUCUGGAACUAUAACCUGGGCCACCUGUUGUAUGUCCUGAUCUAUAACAUCACUACUGUCAUUGUACCUGUGGCCAUGGUCUUCCUCUUCAUGAUUCUCAUUCGCCGGGCCUUGAGUGCCAGUCAGAAGAAGAAGGUCAUCAUUGCAGCUCUCCGGACUCCACAGAAUACCAUCUCAAUCCCUUAUGCCUCCCAGAGGGAGGCUGAGCUACAUGCUAUGCUGCUAUCUAUGGUGACAAUAUUCAUCUUAUGUAGUGUCCCCUAUGCCACCUUGGUUGUCUACAGGGUGGUGCUCAAUGUCUCAGAUACAUCAGUCUUCCUCCUACUCACUGCCAUCUGGUUGCCAAAAGUGUCUCUCCUGGCCAACCCUGUACUCUUUCUGACUGUAAAUAAAUCUGUCCGCAAGUGCUUGGUGGGAACCUUGGUUCAACUUCACCGCCGAUACAGUCGUCGCAAUGUGGUUAGCUCAGGGAGUGGGGUCCCUGAUGGGACCCUGGAACCCAGUGUGCGCUCAGGAAGCCAGCUCCUGGAGAUGUUCCACAUUGGACAGCAACAGAUCUUCAAGUCCACAGAGGAUGAGGAGGAGAACGAGAUCAAGUCCAUUAGCUCCACCGACUACCAGGUAAAGGAAAUCCCCACCGACAGCCUGGAGGUAGAGCAAGAGCUACAGUUUGCCACUCUGCCAGCACCACCUGGUACUGUAGAUCCCGUGGGCCAUGGAGUGCUGGCAAUGCCUGCAGAGGUUGAGGUGGCCCCUGAAAAAUAUUCCCUACAAUUUGGCUUUGGACCCUUUGAGCUGCCUCCCCAGUGGUUCUCAGAAAACCGAAACAGCAAGAAACGGUUACUUCCUCCACUGGGGAACACUCCAGAGGAACUGAUCCAGACCAAGCUGACCAAGCCAGGCAAGGUGGAGCGGAAGAUCAGCAGAAACAAUAAAGUCAGCAUCUUCCCAAAAGUGGAUUCUUAGCAAGGGCUGGAGCCCUAGGGCUCAGCGUGCUCAAGGUUGACCGUAUUGUGUGAUCCCAUGGAUAGGCAUUGCAGUCUCUUAUGGUGUGCGUGCCAAAUGCAGAGAUGGGAAAGGGAAAUAUAUAUCCAAGUAUUAUUAUUAUUUUUGUAUAUGUCUCUGUGUCACCAGUGUUAAUGGUAAAGUUCACAUUCUACUUUGUGGAAACUACAGAGGUUCUGCCCUGCCCCUCUAUACAUUUCCCUAGGACUUCUCAUCCUCUCUCCUAUAUUCACCUGGGAGGUUAGGAACCUAAGAAAAUCACUCAGCUGGCAUAGGACAACAGCUGUCGGAAGGAAGCCCAAGAUAGCUGCAAAUAAUAGGUCAUAAAGACAAGACCAAAUGUCUCGUGUCCCUAAAUAUCGCUUAAACUGUUAAGAGUUUUUUUAAAAAAUCCUUAUCCAGCCACCUUUUCAUCCUAAGAGGUUAAACUAUUUUCACUGACAUCUCACAAUGAUUUCUCCUUACUUAUACUGUGAUAUAGGGAGGGGAUCCAUCCCCUGCCUAUCUUAUACAAAUGGAAAAUGAAGUACCCACUACCACCGGUUGUGGAAAAGGUUAACUAGUAACACCUAGCACCAAAGCUUCACAGAACAAUCCUCUAGGUUGCAAUAAGCAUUGGAGAGGAUAUAUGUAGCUGCAAAAUACUGCAUCCUCUUCCCCCUUCCCAUCUUGUUACAGCAUCAGUAACUGAGAAUGGCAGCUGGGAAUAAAGAGCUGGUCUCAGAACCAGGAACACCUGGGUUCAAGUCCUUCCAUUGACACAUAUUGGUGGAAUAAUUCUGGGCAAGUCACUUAAUAUUUCAGUGCUCUAGGCCACUUACUAAAACUGUAAGUUGCAGAGAAGUUACCAACCCGCUUUGGUAGAAGGAGUUUACUUACUGAGA